UCAUACAGUCGUUGCUUUCAACUGUUAGAUCAGUGGCACCUCUCUUGGAAACACAGUUGAGCCUAGACAGCACAACAUCGGGUUCUGCACUGCAGCGAUGGCAGGCACUGAAGUAGUUAUGUCCCUGCAAGAAUUAAUUGCAUCCUUGGAUCAAACUUGUCUGCCACGGACUCUACAGGUUUGCUCUGGUGUAUACUUUCAAGGGUCUGUUUAUGAGCUGUCGGGAAACGAGGUGUGCCUAUCCACUGGGGACCUGGUGAAGGUCAUCGACAUCGAGCUCCUGUCUGUCAGCUGUGAGGACAUCAGCAACAAUGAGAAGUUUCAGCUGCCCCUCAACCAUGCAGACUCUCCCUCUCAGAUCUGUUCAAGCUGGUUCCAGAGGAGAUGCCAUACAACACAGUGGAGGAGAUGGUGAGUCUGAGGCCUGUAGGCCUGGACACCUACUUUCCCUUCACCUUCACCAGCCGAUGUGAGCUGACUUUUGAGAAUUUCACCCUCGGUGCCGGGAUGGCCGUGACCAUGCUGUACAUAAAGCAGCAAGACGGGGGUGAGGAGAGCUGCGUCCGCUGUCAACUCAGAGGCCAGCAGGGGGCGUUGGCUGAAGUGCUUGUCCCCUUCUCCUGCCGUGGGGAGUUCUAUGAGUGUGAGAGUGACCAGACCUACACUCUCCAGGAGAUCAUAUCCUCGCCCCACCUCUGUAGCCGGCGCUUUCGCUUCAGCAAGAAGACCAAGCACGGGGGAUCACUAGUGUUCAGCCCCAUAUACCAGGUCCAGGCCAUCAUGCACUUGAGGAAGAACAUAGUCAAGUUCCCCUCCAGCUUGGAGGUGGAUGUAGUCGACGUGACGACGCAAUCCCAAGACUUGACAUUUGUGACCCCACUCACUCUGCCCGAGGUAUUUGCCCAGCCAGAUGAGGCCUUCCCCACCACGGCUGAAAUACUGGAGCACCAUGAGGGCCAGCCUCUGUUCCGCUGUACCUGGCUGGCUGAACUACACAAAGGCCAUCAUCUAGUCCUUCACAAGCGUGGUUCCUCAGCCAUGGUUCUAAUUUCGGGUAUCAAGGGGCGCAAUGCCCGCCAGUACUUCCUAGUGUCGCAGUGCUACGGGGGACGCCUGAGACGGAGGCCGCGGGAGUUUGAGUCAGUGUACGAGCUGUACGCCGCCUCGACCCGGGCACUGUUUCUCAAGGUCAGGGUGACACAGCACAGUGAGAAGCUGGAUGAGGAGGGUUUUCUGGCGCUCAGUGUGGGCGAGCAGCUGGAGGUGCUGCGCUGCGAGAAGGUGAAGCUGCCCAGUCGAAGAACUAGCCAGGAGAAGAAUAACCAGACCAUGGAGGUCCUUGUAUGUAGACAUCUCCAAGAAGUGGACGAUGACGAGGAGGAGGAUGAAGAGGAGGAGAGCAAGGUGGUCCACUUGCCCCUGUGCAUGCAGAGCCACUUUGUGGAGAAGCUCCCGGACAACAAGAAGUACAGCCUGAUGGACUUGUGCAAGGCCUUCGCUCUGCCGUUGGACGUUAAGGUGGCGAGCCGUGACGCAGAGCUGGAGACAGAUCCUCUGGUGGGGUUCUCAUCCCUGAGGCUGGAGGCUACUACUAUACAGCCCAUGAUACAGGCCAGCCUUCCAGGAAAUCCAGAGAGGUGCUUUGAGAUACCCACUCACUGGCUUAACAUGUCUUUGUCCUUUACUAAUGACCCCUUGCCUUUGGCCCAAGAAUAUCACCUGGAGACAGUUACAGAGGUGACAGACUCAUUUUAUUGCGAAUUUCAAAAGCUCACCGCAUCAGAUGAGCCCCCACCACCACGUCCACCAAAGCCAUCGUCAAGAUCAAAGUCUUCAAAGGCAACCCCUUCAUCCUCACAACCAGACACCCCCUGCCAUCCACCCAAAAGUGGCACCCUUUCCCUGUUGAGUGGUCUAAGUCUUGAUAGCAAAAAGACUCUCAGGCCCCCUGCUCCUCUGCCUCCGGCUAUCAUCGAUGCCCCUCCGCUGAAUCCAAGAAAGCCUAUGACCGGUGUCAAGUCUGGAAAGGCUCAGCCAAACACUUACGUCACAUCUAUAAGUCACAAGCCCAACAAUAAAGCACCGAAAUAUGAAGUGCAAGCAGAUGAGUGCAGCGACCAUGAUUAUGAGCAAGUGGACGACAUGUUGAAAACGGCACAGGACAGUUUUUUACUUUACUGAACCAGCCAGAGGAACUACUAUUAAAAGGCCAACUAUUCAAGUAACCAAGUCUCAUUGCAUAAAAUAGACUAGACUAUGGGGUGCAAGACAACUGAAUGUCAGAACUAUGCAGACUGAUAGCCAGCCACUGUAAAUGUGAAUACUUUGAGAUGGGACUAUGCAAAAACAGGAUACAUGUCUUAUUGUACCAAGAUUUUGUUACUUGGUUUUCAUUUUCUCUACGUUGCUGCAAUCACAAGCAACACUUGCCAACCGAUUAUCAGAAAUGCUUAUGAUAAUAGCCCAUUGGUGUUUAUGGUCCAGUUACAUUUCAUAAUGUAGCAGUGUAUUUUGUAACUAAAUUUCCCCCCUAAUUUUAAAACUAAAUGAUGCUAGACUGGCAGUGUCAGUGACCUUCCUGUUAGAAGAGUGGAGGUCAAUAUCAGAAAGCCGGAGUGAUAACAGUGGGGAUCUUCAUUCGCAAUACAAAGCUUUACUGGUGCAUAUGUAUCAUUGCUUUGGUUAUCAAUACUGUAUGAUGUUAUAUCUCUGAAUUCUAAGGUUACACACAUUGUAAGAGAUCAUUUAUAUAGUCAAUUGGGAAGUAAUAGUAAUAUCUGGAACAAAUAUCCGGAGAACAUUUUUCUGAAAAUAUAUGUUUACUAGAGACAAAAACAAAACAGAGACAUAAAAAAAUCUGAAUAGGAAUUGCAUUCUGUUCAACAUUUUUAAAUGACAACUACCAAUACCAAUGAUUCAGGAACUAGUCAGUCACAGAUUGCAUUCACUGUGAGAAAAACCAUUGGCCUGUGAUGCACCCACUCUUACUGUAAUAUAAUUAACAGAACGGAAGUUGAAACAGGAUGUGUCCGUCUAACCAAGGCCUAAUUUCACAGAAACCCUCAGGAUUAUAUAGACAUCCCAUGAUGUUACUCAGUAUAAAUCAUGGUUCAAUGAAUGACUACUGGUUCUAUUUUCAGAGUGUUGAGAUCUUAAAAUUCUAAGAGGGUUUUGGGCGUUAUAUUCUUAUAUACACACAAUUGUCCGCUCAUAGCGCACACUGUGUUGAGAAUGGUCCCAAGUCUAUGAUCAUGUUCUUAGUGCUAACAGGGAAUGGAGAGAUGCUUUAGUCGUCAUUGUCCGUAGACUUGAAGUGAUCCUCGUCGAUGGUGGAGAAGAUGUGUCCUUCGUUGCUGAGGAACUCCACUGCUUGCCUAUGAUUAGACAAAAGACAGUAAGACUGGUGCCAAUGCAAAAUUAUUAAUUAUGCAGUCUACUCUGUUAUGCCUCGCACAUGAGAGUGCACUGGGCCACAUUCAGUAGACAAAUGUUGAACAUUGCAGAUAGAAAUGCAAUGAAUAGAGCUGAUAUUACUUAUUCAACAUCCCAGAAAAGCAUAUUUGUUCUAUAAAAUAUUUGUAUCUUAACAAUGACCACUGUUGUGGUCAAACAGGACACAUUCAAGCAUAUCAUAUCAUAUCAUAUUGACUUCAGAGCCUGAUUUGAGGAUAGAGGGAAGGGAAUGUCUUACUUGAUGACAGCCAAGCUCAUGCCGCUGAGACUCUGCUUCAAGUUCUGUGUGCUGAUACCCUGUGCGUCUGGACAGCUCCUUAUCAAGCUCAGCACCUUAUGAGAGGACAUGAGAAUAACAAACAUUCAUAUAGAAUAUUGUGCCAAUCAGAACAACUUGAAGACUUCCCAAUUGUUCUGUCAGUCCUAUAGAUGGCAGUAUGGUAUGUUUGGUAAGGCAUUUUCAAUAAAUAGAAAAACUGAUGAGACCCAAUAAAUGUUUUGGAUUUUUAAAAUAAAAGUACACUUUUUUCCUCCA